CAAUGUGACAGAUGAUCCAUUAAAUUUUCGUAACAUAAUUUCAUAAAAUUCUUCUAUGUAAAGGGUGUACUUUUCAAAUUGCGCGCUUUGCCAAGGUGGCACGUAUCUAUGAUACAUAACCUUUAUUUCCGUUCAAAGUGGUUUAUUUAAAUAGUACAAAACAAUGUUAAGUUUAAUUAAACGAUCAAAUGCAUUUUUUAGUAGAUGUUCCAAUCAAAUUCAUAAAACUACAACAUUUCAGAGCUUAAACAUUUGUAAACAGUAUUAUCCACAAAUUAAGCAUAUAAACACAUGUAAAGUUUUGUGUCAAAAGAAUCAUAUUAGUGAAUUGCCAAAGAAAAAAAGGCUUCAGAUUAAAAGUCCCAUCACAUGGAAGAGUUUAACAAUUACAAGUAUAUUUGCAGGAGCUCUUAUAUCAUAUAUAUGUUACUUAAAGCGACAAAAAGAUUUAUUCAUAGAAAAGGAAAGAAGACGUGAAAUAGGAAAAGCUGCAAUUGGAGGAAAAUUUGAAUUGAUAGAUUCCAAUGGAAAAUUAGUAAAAUCAGAUGAUUUCUUAGGAAAAUGGAUUAUGAUUUAUUUUGGAUUCACACAUUGCCCAGACAUAUGUCCAGAUGAACUUGAAAAAAUGGCAAAAGUUGUUGAUCUUCUACAGACAAAGCACGAUAUGAUAGUUCAGCCUAUAUUUAUCUCUGUGGAUCCUGAUAGAGAUUCGCCACAAGUUGUUGGAAAAUAUAUCAAGGAAUUCUCUGAUAAAUUUAUUGGUCUCACUGGUUCAAGAGAACAGGUUGCAAAAGUGUGUAAAGCUUAUAGGGUUUAUUAUAGUAAUGGACCCAAGGACAAGGAAUCUGAUUACAUUGUUGACCACACAAUAAUCAUGUACUUAAUAGAUCCUGAAGGCUUAUUUGUGGACUAUUAUGGUCAGACACAUACAGCAGAUCAGAUUGCUUACAGUAUCUAUCUGAAUAAACUGAAGUUUAAUAAACUCCAGCAGGAUGACUCUUCUUGGUUUCCAUCGUUAUCGUUUAAAAGAGAUCCACAGCCUUUGUAAUUUAUUUAUAUUGUAAACAUUGCAUUUCUAUAUAAAUAGAGAAUAUUCUUUAAAUAUUUAGGGGAUGUAUUUAUUCGUUUACUUAAUAAAUUGAUUAAGUAUUGAA